GGAGAAGACUCUCCAACAAACAGCAUCUCAACAGAACCUCUGAUUCCAAACAGAGAGAGAUGAAGAGUGCAAACCCAGUGAAGAUGUUGGCGGUGGUUGCUCUGGUUCUGCUGGUAUUCAGUGUGACUGAGGGACGGAUUAUCAAUAAAUGUGAGCUGAAGGCCAAGCUGGAUGCCGCUCAGUUGCAGCAGAUCACCGUCAUGGAAGAGACAAUAACCGUGAAUAGUCUCAUCGCCAGACUUGUCUGCAAGGCCAGCAUCUCAGCCUUCAACACCAGCUUUGUCCAAAACACUGCUGUCCACAAUAAGGAGAUGAUGCCAGCACAGGACCCACCUCAAGUUGCAUCUCAAGUGCCACCUCAAGCUCCACCAUCUGGAGCUCCACCUCAGGCUUCACCACAUAGAGGUCCAUCUCAGGCUCCAUCAUCUCGAGUUCUACCUCAGGCUCCAGCUGGUUCUCCACCCAAAGUUCCACCAUCUGGAUCCCCACCCAAAGUUCCACCAUCUGGUUCUCCACACAAGGUUCCACCAUCUGGAUCUCCACCCAAGGUUCCACCAUCUGGAUCUCCACCCAAGGUUCCACCAUCUGGUUCUCCACCCAAGGUUCCACCAUCUGGUUCUCCACCCAAGGUUCCACCAUCUGGUUCUCCACCCAAGGUUCCACCAUCUGGAUCUCCACCCAAGGUUCCACCAUCUGGUUCUCCACCCAAGGUUCCACCAUCUGGAUCUCCACCCAAGGUUCCACCAUCUGGUUCUCCUCCGAAGGUUCCACCAUCUGGUUCUCCACCCAAGGUUCUACCAUCUGGUUCUCCACCCAAGGUUCUACCAUCUGGAGCUCCAUCCAGCUCCAAACCUCAUCCGACCACAGCUGCCAAAGAUGCUGGUCACCUGUACGGUGUGUUUCAGCUCAGUGAUCAGCUGGUCUGUGAUUCCGGCAUGAUCCCAUCGCAAAACGUCUGCAACAUGACCUGCUCUGCUUUGACUGAUGACGACAUCACUGAUGACAUCACCUGCCUGAAGACCCUGACAAACUUUAUGAAUGCAAACCCCAAAGAGGUCCUAUUUGAUGUAAAGAAGAUCGUGGAGAUGAUGUUGGUGGAGGAGUGUCGCUCUGUCGUUCCUCCAAACUACUUUGCUGAAUGCAUUUAAAACAGAUGGAGCAGACUCACUCAAGAUUAGAUUCUUCCUGCUGCAUUACUUACACACAUAUCAGUCCGAUGCUUUCCAUGGCAGCUGAUUUGAUUGAAUAAUAAUGAUGGUGGUGGGAGUUUAAAUGAAUAUAGAAUGAAUAUAGGGAGUUUGUGCAUUGAGACACU